AUGUCUCAUUGCCGAUCACUAUACAAGUUAAUUGUAAGAAGGAUGUCGUCUACAGUAGAAACUGUCAACACUAAAGUGGUUCAACCUAAAUGGAAUGUACCUGAACCACAACAAACAAAACCUGUAUUGAAAUUAUACAACUCUUUAACCAGAACCAAGGUCCCUUUUGUUCCAUUAUCUGGUACAAAGACUGUCAGUUGGUACUCUUGUGGCCCUACAGUCUAUGAUGCGUCUCAUAUGGGUCACGCUAGAAACUAUGUUUCCAUCGAUAUAAAUAGAAGAAUCAUGAGUGAAUAUUUCGGCUAUGAUAUCAAAUUUGUACAAAAUGUUACUGACAUUGAUGAUAAGAUUAUUAUUAGAGCCAGACAAAAUUACUUAUUUGAUAAUUUCAUUAAGGAUGUCACCACCAUUGACGAAGCUAUAGUGUCAAAGGUUAAUGAUGCGAUCGUGGCAUAUAUCGUAAAAAAUCUAAAUGAUCAAUUGUCUCGUGUUGAUGAAUUUGACAAAUGGGUUGCAGGUUUAAAUAUCGAAACUGAAAAGGUAAACAAUCCAAAAUUCCCAAUGCAUAUUACUGCUGUCACUAAUGCUAUCACAGCAUUAAAGGAGAAAUCUAAUGAUGUCACUCAGUUUUUCACUCUAAGUAAAGAUGUCCUAGUUCCAAUACUUGAUAAAGAAUUGGGUGCUACUGUGAACGACCCAGAAGUGUUCCGUAAAUUACCUGCAUAUUGGGAAAAUGAUUUUAACAACGACAUGGCCCAAUUGAACGUUACUCCACCAAGCGUUACUACCCGUGUCUCUGAGUAUGUUCCAGAGAUUGUUGAGUUUGUUCAAAGGAUUAUUGAUAAUGGAUAUGGGUACGCCACAGAUGAUGGUAGUGUCUAUUUCGAUACUGUCGCAUUUGAUUCUAGUGAUAAACAUAGUUAUGCCAAGUGUCAACCGUGGAAUAAAGGUCAAUUAGAUCUAAUUGAAGAUGGUGAAGGUUCCUUGUCUACAAACACAAAAGAGAAAAAAUCCAAAAAUGAUUUUGCAUUAUGGAAGGCAUCGAAACCAGGUGAGCCAGAAUGGGAAUCCCCAUGGGGUAAAGGUAGACCAGGGUGGCACAUUGAAUGUUCCGUAAUGGCUAGUGAUAUAUUGGGUAGUGAAAUUGAUAUUCAUUCCGGUGGUAUCGACUUGGCGUUCCCCCACCAUGAUAACGAAUUGGCUCAAUCCGAAGCUUGUUUCGAUAACGAACAAUGGAUUAAUUAUUUCCUACAUACUGGCCAUUUACAUAUCGAGGGCCAAAAGAUGUCCAAAUCUUUGAAGAAUUUCAUUACCAUUAAGGAAGCACUAAAUAAUUAUUCUGCUAGACAACUAAGAUUAGUAUUUGCUUCAGCUCAAUGGAAUAACCAACUUGAUUUCAAAGAGAGUCUUGUGAAUGAGGUAAAAUCCCUUGAAACCUCCUUUAAUAAUUUCUUCCAAAAUGUUAGAGCUCUACAAUCUGAUAAUUCUCAUAGACAGGAAGGUAUGUCUCACAACAUCUCCAAGAAAUUUACAUCUUUGGAGACCAAAUUGUUAAACGAUUUACAAUCCACACAAGAGAAAGUUGACAUCGCAUUCUGUGACAAUUUAGCUACCGCACAAGCCAUCAAAGCUUUAAGUGAUAUGGUCACUAUUACAAACUCAUACAUUUCGACAGUUGGUAACGAUCUGAAAAUCGAACCUGUUUUGGAUGUUUGCAAAUAUAUCACCAAAAUCUUGAAUAUCAUUGGUUUCCAAGGUCGUCCUGAUAGUUUGGGUUGGGUCAAUGCGUCUGCUUCCAGCAAAUCUACUGGUUCCGUUGAAGAAGUUGCAAUGCCAUAUGUCAAGGUUCUAUCUACCUUCAGAGACAAUGUUCGUUCCUUGGCCAUUGAAAAGGCUCCUUUAUCUGAAUUUUUGAAAUUAACUGAUUUUGUAAGAGAUAAUGACUUAUUAAAAUUGAAUGUUUCGCUAGAUGAUAGAAAUGGACAAUCUGCUUUAGUGAAAUUCUUGACUGAUGAAGAAAAACUAGAAAUUGUUAAGUUUAAUGAAGAAAAAGAGGCUAGAGAAGAAGCUAAGAGAUUAAAGAAAUUACAACAACAGAAAUUAAAAGAACAAAAAGAACAAGAGAGAAAGGAAAAAGCUAAAGUAUCGCCUUUAGAGAUGUUCAAGAAUAACGAAUUAUAUUCAGCAUGGGAUGAAAAUGGUUUACCAACAAAGGAUAAAGAUGGUAAUGAUGUUACUAAGAGUAUGACCAAAAAAUUAAAGAAACAAUGGGAUCAACAAAAGAAGUUACAUGAAGAAUUCUUUGGUUCUGUGAACUAA